AAUUCAUUACUGUACGUAAACCAAAUUUGUAAAUAAGUUACUAAUUUUGAUCUAAACUAGUCGGGACGAUUUCCCGGUAAGAUCAGAUUGUCCUGAUUACAAAAACUUAUUUUGUGGAGUACGUACAGGGAGAACGGAAUGGAGGGGGAGAGAAAAUAAAUUAAGGACCAAAAAAAAAAGGUCCAUUACUGAGGAAAGCAUUUUACCGCGUAAGUUUUAGUAAGUUCGCAUAAUCCAUUAUCCGUGUGAAAUAUUACCGAUAUAAUGAUUUAUAUAAAAGAUCAAGGUAAGGCUGGGUAUAUGUUUGAAUUGACGGGUAUUAUGAAUUAGUUCUAUAUAUUCGUAAACGAUGAUAGUUCUUAGAAGACUUCAAUUGGCAUCAAAUGCUUUCAAAGUAUCAGUUCGAUACAGUUCAAAAGUAGUUCAAAGUACGGAUGAGGCAUUGGAAGGUAUCACUGGAAAUAUCACAUUAUUAUCGGGGGGAUUUGGAUUAAGUGGUGUACCAGAUACUAUCAUAAAUGCUAUGAAAGAAAAACCAGAGAUCAAUAAUAUCACUGCCGUUUCCAAUAAUGCCGGAUUAGAUGGUCGAGGAUUAUCUCAAUUAUUAGUUACAGGACAAAUUACCAAGAUGAUUUCUUCAUAUAUUGGAGGUAAUAGAACAUUUGAAAAAAUGUAUUUAACAGGUCAGAUUGAUUUAGAAUUAACUCCUCAAGGUAAUCUUGCUGAACGUGUUAGAGCUGGUGCAGCUGGUAUACCUGCAUUUUAUACUCCAACUGGGGUUGGUACUUGGUUAGAAGAAGGGAAAUUACCCGUUAGAUAUAAUGAAACUGGUGAUAAAGUUUUAAAAACGAGUAUUCCUCGAGAAGUUAGGGAAUUUAAUGGUAAGAAAUAUUUAUUAGAACCUGCUAUUUUUGGAGAUGUGGCUAUUGUUAAAGCUUUUAAAGCUGAUACAUUAGGAAAUUGUUGGUUUAGAGGGGCAUCAAGAAAUUUUAAUUCUGCCUUUGGUAGAAAUGCGAAAUUAACUAUUGUUGAAGCUGAACAUAUUGUUCAACCAGGAGAAAUUCAACCUGAAGAUGUUCAUUUACCUUCACUUUAUGUUCAUAGAAUUAUUCAAUCUACUACACCAAAAGAUAUUGAAAUUUUCAAAUAUUCUGAAGAAAAACUGGAUCAAAAUACAACCCAAUCUGAUGCUGAUAAAAAGAGAGAAAAAAUAGUUAGAAGAGCAGCUCAAGAAUUUAAAGAUGGAUCUAUUGCAAAUUUAGGAAUUGGUAUUCCAACUUUAGUACCUAAUUAUUUACCUGAAUCGAUAAAUGUUACAUUACAAUCUGAAAAUGGGAUUUUAGGAUUAGGGCCAUAUCCAAAAAAGGGGGAAGAAGAUGCUGAUUUAAUCAAUGCAGGAAAGGAAACAGUAACUCUUAAACCAGGUGCAUCAUUAUUUGGAUCUGAUGAAUCGUUUGCUAUGAUUCGUGGGGGUAAGAUUGAUCUUACUAUCUUAGGUGGAUUACAAGUUUCAAAUAAAGGAGAUUUAGCUAAUUGGGGAUUACCUGGUAGAGUUAAAGGAAUGGGAGGAGCUAUGGAUUUAGUAAGUAAUCCAAAGAAUACUCGAGUGGUGGUUAUUAUGGAACAUGUUGAUAAAAAGGGUAGAUCUAAAAUCUUGGAAGAAUGUGUAUUCCCAUUAACUGGUCAAAGAUGUGUAUCCCGAAUCAUUACUGAUUUAGCUGUAUUUGAUAUUAUUGAUGAGAAAUUGAUCCUUAUUGAAUUUGAUCCAUCCACCACUUUACAAGAAAUCAAAGAAAAAACAGAUGCAAAAUUCGAAGUAUCUGAUAAUUUAAAGCCUAUAUCGAUUUAGAUUUUUAAUUACCCAACAAUCAAUUACUCAUAAAAGAAGCAAACCUUUUUAUAUUCACACUUAUUAAUCUUAGUAAUUGUAUUUUAUAGUUAAAUAUCAAUUUUGCAUGCAUAUAACCUUUACUGACAAAUUUUGCGACAAUUUAAAAAAUUCCCGCUAAAGGGGUACCCCACAUAAAAAAAAAAAAUUAAUUAGUGAGAAUUAAAUUUUUCUUUGACAGUGACUUUUCUGACAAGGAAACCGCAAGGGGGGGAUAAUUAUUUACCCGCCUGGUAUACCGUAAAU